AUGUUUUUAAUAGUUAAGGCUAAUAAUGGGUUUGAAGCGUUUCGGGGAAAUAUAAAAGACCUGAAUGACUCAACGGUCGAAAGUUUUGACAGUUUUACUGAUAUUGAAAUCGUAUUCCUUAACCAACUUAAUGGUGCUGAUCCUAGUUUUGACCGUCCGAUUCGACAUGAAUUUGUUGGAAAUGCAACUUUUAUACAGGAUUUGAUUAUCUUUACACCUGCCUACGUUGAGCCUAUUCAUACUAUCCAGGUUACACUACUUGAUCUAGGUGCGGUGGUUUCAUGUGUGCAGUUUCCUAGAAAUCGUUUCUCUUAA